UGUAUCGUAAGUAUCGAAGGGUGCAAUCACCAGUUUAUGCUUUUGCUUACGGUACUGAAGACAUCAAUACAAGUGAUUACUUUUGUUCGUAAAGUUUAAACGUGAUUUAAAAGAUUGAAAUUGUCAUUAGUUGAAACUAACGGCAAUAUUAUUUUUAUUGUCAAGGGGAUUGAUCGUGUCUUGAUAUUAAAAUUCGUGAAAUUCGAUCUACGGUGUAUCGAUUUGUGUGAUAUGACCUUAGUGGGAACAAACGACGAAAAUACACUACCAAUGAUGUUGGGCGUACAACAACAUCAUCACCACAACGGUCUUCAUAAUGUCAAUGGUGUAAAUAACAACAACAUUGGUCUACAGAAUCAUCGAAGUAAUGUUAUUGUUUCGACUGGUGGAUUAACGAAUAACGAUUUGAAGAUGUCACAUGGAUGUAAGAGAACUAAAAUGUAUCAGACAACACCUUACGCAACAGUUCCACAUCAACCUGCUUCAGUGGCAAGAAGAAAUGCUCGUGAAAGAAAUAGAGUGAAGCAAGUAAACAAUGGAUUUGCCACAUUACGUCAACAUAUACCUCAAAGUGUAGCACAAGCACUUGGCAGCAACACAGCUGGAACACAUGGUGGAUCUAGAGCAGGGAGCAAAAAAUUAUCCAAAGUUGAAACAUUAAGAAUGGCUGUUGAAUAUAUCAGAACUCUACAACGCAUGCUGGAUGGCAGUGAUAGUUCAGAUGUUGUUAGUGCACCAUCAACAUCACCAUCACCAACUUCUUCAACGUGUGGAUCCAGGAUAGAACUUCAUUCUACAGAAGUUCAUUCGCCACAUGGGUCAGACUUACAUCGACAUCACAUGAGACAGAAUCCCAGCCCGUCGUCCUUCGUACCACCACCAUGUUCAGAGGCCUCUAGCUCACCGACCCCAAGCUUCGUGUCCGAAACGUCAUCGGCUGGAAGUCAAGGUUACACGUCCACCGCACUUUACGCUUCUCAUUCAGACGGCUAUGAUAACUAUGAAACUGUGAGUCCUGAGGAUGAAGAACUAUUGGAUGUUAUCUCGUGGUGGCAAGAGACACAAUGAGAGCAUUCAAGUCAUUUCCACAUCUGGGUUAUCACAAUUUUAAGAUGUGAAUCUUAUCGUUAAAAAAUUGUGAGAAGCCAAAGUGGAUUGAGGAACGAUGGCUGUUUCCGUCUGCAUACUGUGAUCUAGUCAAAUACUCUGUACAACUCUUCGAAAGGGAAUUUCAUACAAAUAAGAGGAAAUUCAUCUUCAAUUUCUUCAUUUGGGAGAUUUUUAAAAUUAAUAUCAAAAAGCCUUCUCAUACUAUAUAGCAGAAUUAGUAAAUAAAAUAAUUAUAAGAGAAGCAUUUAGAAAUGAAUUGAUGAGAAUGGAAAAAUAUCUUAAUAAUGAAACGAUGACUGUAAAUAGUGUAUAUUACAUGUUACAUUUAAGAUAUUUUACAAAUUUUCAAGUAAGAUAAAAACAUAGAUUGAAAAAAUUAAUAGUAUAAUAAGCGCAAUAAUGCAUAAUAAUUAUAUAAAAAUAUAUACCGAAGGUAUUUAUA